AUGCCCACUCCGCUGGAUCGAGCCCUGAAUUCCAAGAAUUUGUUCCUUGGCUUCGCAGGAAUGGUGACUGCCGCUGCUGCCUGGUCUAUCUGGGGGACCGAUAUGUUGCCUGCACAAGAUGAUCCAACUGGAGACCCCGAGAAUUGGACUGCGGACGAUAUGAAACGAUGGCUUCGCGCGCGGGGUCUGCUACCAAAUGAGAGCGCAACACGCGAUGAACUUCUCGAGAGGGUGAAGGUCAAUCUGCGCAUACCGCGCAAAUCCCAGUCAUAA